UCAUGCACGGUCUGCAAAUAAUUCUGCUACUCAAUGUUUUGACAUGUCUCAAACAAGCUGCACGUGGAAGUGACAUCAUUGGUGGGGAGAAAGUCCCAAGGAAGUCAAUGUUGUAUAUGGUCUCAGUGCAAAACAAAAGUGGUCAUAUAUGUGGAGGAUUUCUGAUCACCGAAGACUUUGUUGUCACUGCUGCACACUGUGAUAAUGAGUGGCUACCCCACACACAAGGGAUUCUGCCAGGGUGAUUCAGGUGGUCCUCUGGUGUGCGCAGGAUUAGCUGUUGGUAUUGUUUCUUUUAACAAAGGCAAGUGUAACUACCCUAAAGCACCCAAUGUUUAUACAGACAUCUCAAAAUACCUCCUGUGGAUCAAUGCAAUUCUUAAAAACCCAAAUAGUUAUUUGUAAAACUACAAUUGUUUUUCUGCUGUAUUGCUUCAUUUUGCU